AUGAGUCGACAAACACCACGAAAGCCUCGUCACAGCCGUCAACCCUCAAACCGCAUACCCGCUGUCUCAGAUUACGAAUCCGAUGCCGCCGCCAUACAUACCGACUACGCGCCACCACCUCCACGCACAAACACUGAGCUCAACCUCUCCGUGCUGCAGCGCUACCUCCCCUCCAUCCACACCAUCCUCAGCAUAGCUGCCAAUGCCGUCAUCUACACGUUCAACAGCACUUCCGAGAGUUGGGAAAAGUCUGGCGUUGAAGGUACCAUGUUUGUCUGCGCGCAGAGUCCACUCCCCGAAGAUCCUGGCCAGGUAUCGCGAGCUUGUGUCUUUGUCCUCAACAGAAGAGGACUGGACAAUGUGAUCGUGGACCUCUCGAGGGUAACCCACGCCGAAGUCUCAGGCGAACUCGUCAUUAUGAAAGUCGAGGGUGACUGGGAAAAGGGUGACAAGGUAUUGGGAGUGUGGAUUCACAACGACAAGGAUGAGACGAGAGAGGUGAAUGCUGCUAUUAUUCAAGAGGCAUGGAAAAUUGCUCGCGCUGGUGGUCCCGUUGAGACGCAGGGUCCCGAAGCCGGUCCGGCCAUGCAAGCCAUGGGCAGGAGAUUGAGUUUGAGUGAUCUGUUUGGGUUAGGGAAUGGGCGAAAUAUAGGACAAUAG